CUUAGUUGUGUUGCUUUGUACAGUGUACUCACACAAAAAGCCUUCCUUGUUCAUUUCUUGUUACUAGUGCUCACCAGGCUCCUCCACCAUCCUUUUCACCACUUCCAUGUCUCUUCUCCUUUGCUCUCCCUCUUCCUCCAGGAUCUCUCUUCAGAGAAAACCAUCAUGGACCGCCAGUCGGCAUCAGUCUUUUAUCAGCAUGGAAGAGCAAAAGGUGCUUGGUUUUAGAAGUACAAACAAUGAGUUUAUCGGCAUGCGAAUUGCUGGCUUGGGAAACAAACUCAGAAUUCAAUGGAAUUUUCUUGGUGGAUCGAGAGUUAUGGUUCAUCCGAAAGUUACAAGAUUGAACAAUCUCCGAAAAGGCCCCAUUAUUUCAGCUUCAUGGCUGGCGAGUUCUCAGAUAGCUUCUAGUGCCUUCACUUUGGGCACCAUUGCCGUUCUUCCAUUCUAUACUUUGAUGGUUUUGGCGCCUAAUACUGAUUUGACACGAAGAACCAUGGAGAGUAGUAUGCCUUAUGUGCUACUUGGUGUUCUUUAUGCAUACCUUCUUUACCUUUCGUGGACUCCUGACACUUUACGCGCAAUGUUUGCAAGCAAAUACUGGCUUCCAGAGUUGCCUGGAAUUACAAGAAUGUUCUCCAAUGAAAUGACUGUGUCUUCUGCAUGGAUUCAUUUACUGGCUGUCGAUCUCUUCGCUGCGAGGCAGGUGUUUCACGACGGCUUGAAGAACAAAAUAGAGACAAGGCAUUCAGUUUCGUUGUGCCUGCUUUUCUGUCCCGUUGGCAUCGUCACUCAUGUGAUCACCAAGGUAAUAACUCAAAUGGCGAAAAGAUCACACUGAAGCAUGAAUCCGUGGAUCUAUAGACUUUGCAGCAAUCUUGUUAUUCUUUUUUUUUCUUAAAUUUAGACUGUUCUGAUUGUUCCGAUCUUUAUGGUGUAUUGUUUUUGUACAUUUUCUUCAAUUCAAUAAAUCAUCCCAGUUCAUUUUUGAUACGAUGAA